CAGUGCGCCUGAUGCCAAGACGAUGCUGAGCUUUACGCACGCGGAAUUUCACGCGGAUCUUUGCGUUUUUGGGAACUUUUUCAACUCAUUGUUCUGUUGUGGACUCGGAGAAUGCGCCUGGGAUACUCGGACACCUUGUGACGCGAUGGGAACGCAUAUGUUUCUGCGCUUUGGCGGACGGAACGGUGCGUCAUCGGCGUCAGGGGGGGAAGAGCGCGCAGACAAAGAUGUUGCUCUCGUGUGAAUUCCGGCCACAAUGGAUGUGCUAGAUCUAAAUCAGUCGACUGAGAAUGCGUGUAAGCAGGAAAACAGCAGUGACACUGGGGACGCGCUGCCGCACACGGAGGCGGCUGCUGCGCUCAUCAUCCUGGUGGUGUCAGUCAUCAUCUCUGUGACCAUCGUGGGAAAUGUUCUUGUGAUAGUGGCGGUGCUGACCAGCCGCGCUCUCCGCGCGCCACAGAACCUGUUUCUGGUCUCCCUGGCUUCAGCUGACAUCCUGGUGGCCACACUGGUCAUCCCCUUUUCCCUGGUGAAUGAGGUCAUGGGUUACUGGUACUUUGGCAGCACUUGGUGCGCGUUUUAUUUAGCGCUGGAUGUGCUCUUCUGCACCUCAUCCAUUGUGCACUUGUGCGCCAUCAGCCUGGACCGCUACUGGUCCGUCACCAAGGCGGUGAGCUACAACCUGAAGCGCACUCCCAAGCGCAUCAAGUCCAUGAUCGCAGUGGUGUGGCUGAUAUCUGCCGUCAUCUCCUUCCCUCCUCUUCUCAUGACCAAGCACGAUGAGCGAGAGUGCCUUCUGAACGAUGAGACUUGGUACAUCCUCUCCUCCUGCCUGGUCUCCUUCUUCGCCCCGGGGCUGAUCAUGAUUCUGGUUUAUUGUAAGAUCUACAAGGUGGCCAAACAGCGCUCGUCCACAGUCUUCGUGGCGAAGAACGGACUGGAGAGGCAGCCGUCCCAGUCCGAGACCUGCUUCGUGAGGAAGGACCGGAUGGAGAAUGAGAGUCCGAGCAGCGUGAGCUCCGGGAGCCAGCAGAGGCGGCAGGAGGAGGAGGGGGAGCUGGACGACAUCGACCUGGAGGAGAGCUGCUGCGCAACGGACACCAAACCCCGCAAUCACCGCUUCACCAAGCGGAGGAAAGUGGAGGGCUCGGACUGCUGCCAGCCUCAGAACUGUCGGCUCUCCUGGGCAUCAGCCCGGGCUCCACAACUCUACCCGGAUCAGAGGAACCCCGCGGGGCGCCGGCAGCAACACCUGGCCGCGUCCAACAAAAACAAAGUGGCGCAGAUGCGCGAGAAGCGCUUCACCUUCGUACUGGCGGUGGUGAUGGGAGUGUUCGUGCUCUGUUGGUUCCCCUUCUUCUUCACUUACAGCUUGCACGCGGUCUGCAGAGACAGCUGUUACAUCCCGGGCACCCUCUUCAACCUUUUCUUCUGGAUUGGCUACUGCAACAGUUCAGUCAACCCCAUCAUAUACACUAUUUUCAACAGAGAUUUCAGGAAAGCCUUCAAGAAAAUCCUGUUCAGAACUGCGAAACGCACAUAAACUUGGACACUCACUUUCAGGAGGACGGUCGCGACGGUAGCGUUAGAUAGGUCCAAUUUUGUUCAUGUAAAUGUCAUACAUUGUCUUUUAUUGUCAGUGAAUAAAAAGUUCAAUCUGUACAUUAGUCUCUCACUAUUUAUCUAGGAAUCAACAUUUCAAAAGACCAGUAAUAAAUGACAUCAGAAGUUAUGACUCUCAGUUGACAGAGCUGGAGGACAUCUCUGGGUCUCUUUAGUUUGGCUGCUGCCCCUGCGACCCAAGCAGGAGAAAUGGAUGUACACAUUUAAAAACCUCAUAAAACUACAUAUGGAACUGUGUAAAUAAAUAAAUUAUGUACUGGGUUAAUUUCAUAAAUGUUCCACUUUCCAUGUACCCACCUA